UUCUUUUCACUCACUCACUCCAGAGCUGUGUGCACGCGCAUUAGGUGACCCAAAUCAGUGCUGAAGGAGGCAAGGCGAUACUUACAUCUCUAACGUGGUUCAUCGAGUUCGAGCCUUCAAGUAAGAGCUACAUUUCCCGUUUAGAGGUAAGCACCUCAUUACUCCAGCAGCCAUGGCAGACGAGGCCGACAUGCGCAACGAGCUGACGGACAUGCAGGCCAGAGCUGAUCAGCUGGGCGAUGAGUCUUUGGAAAGCACUCGCCGCAUGCUGCAGCUGGUUGAAGAGAGUAAAGAUGCUGGUAUCAGAACUUUGGUUAUGCUGGAUGAACAGGGAGAACAACUCGAGCGUGUUGAAGAUGGCAUGAACCAUAUCAACAAAGACAUGAUGGAAGCUGAGAAAAGUUUAAAAGAUGUAGGCAAAUGCUGUGGACUUGUAUGUCCCUGCGACAAGCUGAAAGGUGGUGGCCAGUCCUGGGGUAAUAACCAGGAUGGGGUGGUGUCCAGCCAGCCAGCUCGUGUGGUCGAUGAACGUGAGCAGAUGGCCAUCAGCGGAGGAUUCAUUCGCAGGGUAACAAAUGAUGCGCGAGAGAAUGAAAUGGAUGAGAAUUUGGAACAGGUGGGAGGUAUCAUCGGUAACCUCCGCCACAUGGCUCUCGACAUGGGCAACGAGAUCGACACCCAGAACCGUCAAAUCGACAGGAUUAUGGAUAUGGCCGAUUCCAACAAAACCAGGAUCGACGAAGCCAACCAGCGUGCCACAAAGAUGUUGGGAAGUGGCUAAACCCCUGCGAGAAA